AUGAACAAGUUUGUUAUUCUUGUCGCUUUAAUUGCGUGCAGCCAUGCAAUUCUUUGGGCUGAAGGAAGGCAGUUAAAGUACAAGGAGAAAGAAGAAACAGCAAAGCGAGGCAGCCGAGGCAUCAGUUCGCAACAGAAUGCUGCAGGGCUCAAAGAAGAUUUGAAGUCAACAAAACCUAGUGUUGACAUUCCUACUGCUGAAAACACUGUGAGUAUGACAGGGGAAAAGGAAAUAUUCCCACCCAUGAGUGUUGGUGCUUCUGCAACAAUAUACCAGGAUGGUUUUCGACCUACAACACCAGGUAACAUUCCUGGUGUGGUUGGUCAUAAACAUGCGAAAGAGGAAGAAGAUGUCGAAUCCAAACUCGAAGAAGAUCAUAGCCUUAAAUUUAACGGUGGGCAUUCUGAUCCAGGAUAUAAUGCCCGACCCACAACAGCCGGGCACGGUCCAGACGUUAACAAAAGUGCAGAACCAAAAGCAUAA